AUGGACCGAGAGGGAGAGAAGGUGACGGGGAAACCACCGUCGUUUUCUGUCCGGGAAGAAGAAGUGCAAAAUGUGGUGGUCAUGCGGCACGGCGACCGGAUCGACCAGUUCGAGCCGCUGUGGACGCUCCAGGCCGCGCGGCCUUGGGACCCUCCGCUGAUGGACGACGGGAAGAUCCGCGCCUGGACCACCGGGAGGCGGCUCAGGGUCUCCCAACUGGGCUUCCGCAUCCAUCGCGUAGUUGUCUCCCCCUUCCUCCGCUGCCUCCAGACGGCCAAGGAGGUCGUGUCCGCUCUGUGUGCGAGAUGCGAGAACGAGGCGAGCCUCCUGGCUUUACAAAGUAGCCAGGGCGUUCCCAUCGACCCCUCCGCUGUGAAAGUAUCCCCAAAUUUCCAUAAAACUCAGACCCGAGUUUAAGCUCGUUCUGUUUGCGCAACGCUUUUGAUUUGCCUUUCGAGGUUUUGAUUUACCAAUUGGUUAGACCCACUUCUAUCCAUAACUAUUGAUGCCGACAUUAAAGCUGAUGUUGCCAAGGCGGCCCGUGAUGCCCUGUAUAACUUUGGAUCCUAGUCAUAAGAAGCGAUAAUUCCAAAUUUUGGAUAUAUUCUCUGAGCUUUUCUAAAUCAUUUUGAAGUAAGGCCCAUUAAAUGUCUUCCUUACUUCUAGGGGAACUCACAGUGGCGUUUCUUCAUCAAAACUACAUCCACAUUUCAAUAAGUCAAUCAUUUGAGUUGUUAGGGAUGUGACAACGUUCUAUGUUCCUUUCUUGAAAGUUUAUGCCUCAAUUAUUCAAAUAGUUUCAAUCUCAUGUUAUCCUGUAUUAUUAUAUGUUCUUUUCCCACCUUCAAACUAUUUCUUUUACAUUUUAAACCAUGCUAAUAAUAAUGUCACUAUUUUAGUGCCGAGAUAUCUUAUGCUCAUAAUGAUGCAAUUAUCUUCUAAGUGAGAUAGCAGACUACAUUUUCUUGCCUGAAAAUACUUCUCCAUUAUUGUCUGCAAUUUUACAAUAUUGAUAUCUUGAUUCUAGAACAAGAUAACAAAAAUAUGUUGUCAUUAUCUUCAUAGAAUAGGCUAAAAUAUAAAUGAGUAAUGUAAACGGCAGCUUCAUGAAAAUCAUGGUGAAUAGUCAUCUUUCAUCUACUACCAUAAUUAGCCUUCCACUUGUUAAGGGCAUUUACAAUUUAUUUUUUAUCAUUCACUUCGGUUUAUCCAUUAGCCCACAUCCUGCCUCUGUGCCCCCCAAAUGUAGCAAUACACCACCACCUGUUACAUUUGCUGACGGCAAUCCUCACCCUCUCCUUGGCACCCACACUGCUACAAGCAUUUUGGCCUGGGUGGACCCUGACUUCGAAGGGAACCAACACUUGACCCCUUGAUUUCUGUGUGCGAUGUGAGUUUAUGCAUCAGAAAAGGUAAGACGGCAUUGCAUGUUUUUCACACCGUCUACAGCGACUCAAUUAUUCUACGUCACUUCACUGACCAUUGAAAAUGUGUUUAAUAUUCAUUAUUACUGUUUCCUGAUCUGAGCCACUCAUUCUUGAAUUGCGAUUACAAAUUUUACACUUCGUGUGUGAUGAAGAUGCAGAGAUUAGUUGUACUGUAAUUUAAAAAAAAAUCUUUCUGUUUUUAAUUUCAAGAAUAUUUGUAACACCCAAGUUGCGUUCGUCACCCAAAAUGGAAAUUUUAUCAAAUAAUUUAUACUGAAGCAUAAAGAGAUUCUAUCGGUCUCUCUCGACAUUAAUGAAUUAGGCAUUUAUCAUCAGUGAUAUAAAAUCCUCUUUUGAGAGCAUUGAUGUCACGUAAACCUGUCUAUGCUAGAUAAAAGAGUUUUCAUAGAAAGAAGAAAACAAAUUUGAGAAUCACGCAUUUCAGAAAUACAUCCAAAAGUUUGGAAAUUAAAUGCUAUGUUCUAAAAAGCCAAUGUAAAUCAGAUCAUUUCAGAAAAAAAAGUUACCAUUUUUUUAAUGAUAUUUCUCCAAAUGCUUAUUUAAACAAUUAAAUCAAAAGACGUGAUCGUAAUUGGUAGCUCUAUAGCUCUAUAAAUUUGUUGUCCAUUACAAAUGAUUAACAUUGCGUAAUUAGUAGCUCUAUAGAAAUGAAUCAUGUACACAUGAAAUGUGUAAUAUUUCAUUAUAUGCUCAUUUUCUGAAUGAGAGAAACAUGAAUCUUCUGGACCGAGUAGAGGCUUACUAAUGAAAGUAUAUGCCAUAGAUCUGAUUAAAGUUUCAAAUUAUAAUGAUUGUGAGGGUACUAAGCUAUCUUGGAUAUCAUCUUGUUUUUUACAACUAUUUCUCAUUUUCGGAAUGGAGAUUUAUUUCCAUACUUUUUUUCACAGGUGUCAAUCGAAUUUGGAUUGUGUGAGGUAAUAUCUAGCCAAACUAUUAAGGUUGAUUGGGCUACCAAGGAUGGAAUAUGGUUUCCUGAUGUUUCAGAGCUUGAGAUUGUUCUUCCAGCUGGAACAGUAGAUCAUUCUGUGUGGCAAGUGUACCAUGAAGUAUACAUAUUCUUCACCUUCUGUCUUUUCCCUAUAAUUUGAUGUUUCAAUAAAUGGGCAAUUGACUGUACACAAUUGAAUCUUUGAAGUGUCAUUCAUGUGCUACAGUUGCCACUUUGGGAAGAGGAAAUGGGCGAGGCAAGGAAGAGAUAUAAGAAAGUUAUCUUGGCUCUUGCAGACAAGUACCCCAAUGAAAAUCUCUUGCUGGUUACACACGGUGAGCAACCUAUUAUUAGGUGGGAACUUUGGUUCUUUUGUCAUUUUCUGGUGUCCAGUUGCUCCUAUUAUGGAAACUAAAUAAAAAAUUAUGAUAUGUUCCUGAAGACGAGCAAAGCGAGUGGUUUCUUGAUUUAAUAUAUUAUUUCCAUUUUUGUUGUGAAGCUCGGGGUGAACCCAUUUGUAUUUGAUAAUGCUGGGACCUAGUCCAAGCUCAGACAGAAACUCAGACGAUUCACCAUGCUUGAUUGAUUGAUUGAUUACAAGAUCUACAGUGGAAAGAGUGGGUCAGGACCCUGUUGUCAUCCUUGAGACUUGAGGAUUGUUAUAUAUUAUUUCCUGUUGUGAAAUAGUGAUGCAUCAGACAAUACUCUUGGAUAGGCAUAAGUGGAGAAUGUGAUGCUAUCUAUCUUGGACAAACCUAUGUAUGCAGGUGAAGCUGUGGGAGUCAGUGUUGCCGCAUUCCUGGAGGGGUUCGACGUUGCAGAAGUCGACUUCUGUGCCUACUCCCACCUGCAGAGGAAGAUCUCCUACACGAAUUCUGGAGGAUUGUUUGUUGAACCAUUCAAGGUGCUAACAAAGGACGGCCAGAAUGGCAUCAGCCUUUAUUCCCUAUAG